UCCAGGUGAGGCAGUGAUUCAUCGACACUUCUAAUGUACUGUAUCUGGUGUUCACAAUGUGGUCUCCUCUACACUGGAAAAACCAAACGCAGAUUGGAUGACAGUUUCACAUAACGUGUAGUGAAUCUUCCUGUUACUCAUCAUUUUAAUUCACCAUCUCAGUCCUAUCAAUCUGCGGCCUCCUGCACUUAGGCUCAACAAAAGCUUGAGGAACAGCAUCACAUCGGUCCGGGCACACCAGCCUUCCAGGCAAUAUUAAAAUUCUACAACUUCAGGUAACUUACUUUCUCUGUCUGUAUCAGAAUAGGCCAGGACAUUUGUCUGUGAGGUGGGUUCAGUGUUCUCUAUUCUUUAGCUCAGGCUGACCUGCUGGGCAUGUCCACCCACCCCUCACCCUGCCUCUCUGUGCAGACAUCACCAGCAGAAAGUGCAUUCAGCCUCUCUCAGUCCCCACUUUAAUCCAUCCUUCUCUCCACCUGUUUCUGCAACUUAAAUUGGCUGGAUUUUUAACUUUGGUCCACAAGAAAGGUCUUCGACCUGGAACAUUAAUCCUAUUUCUCCACAGAUGCUGCCCGACCUGCUGAGUGUUUGCAGCAUGUUCUAUUUCCAUUGUGAAUUCUUUCUCGCAGCAUUUCCUUUGAUCUAAAUUGGUGUCACUGCCCUAAAGUGCUGCAAGCACCGGCUCAAUGAUAAAUGCCUGAGUUACCCUAGUCAUGGGCACACUGCUGCACAUGUCACGUUGCACAGCUACAGUAGCUGUCUUCGGGUUGAAUGAUCAGAACCUCCCCACCACUCCAGUCGGCCACGUGUCUUGCGCUCUCCUGGGCUCGGGAAGCAGGACCUCAUGCCCUAGGGGAGGGGAGAGUGGGACAAGUGGGUGAGAAAGUAGGUAUCUCGUGGCACAUGGAGUUGUGAGACAUAAAGUUAAAGCCAUUUCAUCACAGCAGUCUGAAUAUAGAAAGCAAGAAUACAGACGACCUGCAAUUGCGCCUACCAUUCUCUCAGUAGAGUUAGAUCGAACCCCUUGGCAUUAGACAAAUGGUUUAACCCAAAGUAGUAUUAAAAUCCCUCGCAAGUCAGUGAAACUGACAAGGUGAUGAGGUUUAUUGGCUGAAAAGGGCAGGUGCGAAGAUUCAUUGGUUGGCUCAGUCCGGGCAAACACGCGUGUUCAUUUUCUGCCUUCACCGGCGAGGUUUGCGAAGUAACGCAGAGUUCAGAACGCGUCCUCAGCAGUUCGGCGUCUGCGAAGAAUGAAUACCAUUUGGCCGACUACUGAUUCCUAUACGACGAAAGCUGCCGCUGCUCGGGCGGUCCUCGCCUGCUGUAACUACACCCGGGUUGUGAGCGAUGCGGUCGGGACAGCCGCUCGGGACGAGCGCAGCCUCUACAUCAUGAAAGUGGUCCAGAUCGCUGUGCUCUGCGUCCUCUCCCUCACUGUCAUCUUCGGUAUUUUCUUCCUGGGCUGCAACCUGCUCAUCAAGUCGGAGAGUAUGAUCAACCUCCUGGUGAAGGAGCGGAGACCGUCGAAAGAGGUGGAGGCUAUAAUCAUCGGCUCUUUCUGAAGUUCGGAGCAAAGGACAAGACCAGGAUGGGGUGGGAAAUUGCGAAGAGGUCAAUGAACUCUGGACUCAAUUCGCCCUGCAGAGUGUUUAAAUUCUCUGAAAUGAGAUAGUUUUGUAAGAGCGCGGCUGAGUUAUAAGAAGUUUGUCCGCGGUGUGCAUUUGGGGUGUGCGAAAGAUACGGACAAUGUACUGCAGUGUAUUGUCUGUUGGGCGGAUAUUGGAAUACCGUUUCACCGUGUCGUGCCCCCCACCCGCCGUGGCUUAGAAAAUUAAAUAAUGACUGGGGGGAAUGAUUACGGGGUGUUCUCGGUUCGUCCUGUUGGAUCAAAAUGUAACAUUAGCAAAUGUAACAAAUGUUUCAGUGCAGAGCUUUGAAGAGAAACACUUCGUGUUAAAACCGAUGUUGAGAUGAUUCUUGCAAUGUUGUAUAUUUACCUGCUUUGAAAGCUUUCUCCCGGUUUUGAGUUGUCAAUCAUACCCCAAAGUUAGAAUGUCGUGUCCUCGUAUAAUGAGCUGUCUGGCUCAAGCACCUCUGCUAGCUCUUUGAAAGUACUGUCCAUUUAAUGCCAAAGUCCUGCAGAUGCUCCUUUCCAACCCUCUCCGCAUUCCAGUCUCUACCCCAUUUCCAUUAGAGAGGUCCCAUAUUCCGACCUAGGUCCGCGCCCUUCUCCCAAACCGAGAAAGCCCAGGCAAGAGCGGGCAGGAGCUGAUGUUAUAUUUCAAAUGUAGCUGGAAUCUCGAGAAGGACCAAGGUGUGUAUGUAACGUGACUUGCGGACACUCCAUCUCGAGUAAAGCUCCCGAAUGUUUCAAUUUUCCGUCCCGGGGAGAGAACUUUUCUAAAGGCCUCUGCAGGCGGGAAAAGAAGGCGUCGAGGGUGGGGCACCAGUUUUAUUAUGUGGGCAAAUACCUGAUGUCCUUUCGCACUUCUGUUGGUCUGCUUAAAAUAAAUUGGGUAGCUGCGCCGUAGAAGGUGUUGGAGAGGAGGACUGUAUAACUGAAUAGACAGACAUGCGGGCGUUUAUAUUUAAUCCGCACAGCCUUUAUUAGGUGACUAUUAUCGUAUUAUUGUGUUUAUUAAUUUGUAUGGGGCUUUAUUAUUGAUUUCUAAAAAUCAUCAACAUAGUACA